CACAGUCACAACUCACCAUUCGUAUUCACAUUCACAUUCACAUACACGGCUUGGUGUCGAUUUCUCAUCACGUCGCUCGCAUCCACUACCACUCUUGGCUCCUCGCAAGAAUACACAAGCCUGAGCGAGCAACAGCUGUCGCUGCGAUAGAUUGCUCUUGUUGCAAUUCUUACACCCCUACGAAUCGUGGCAGACUACCCGUUACGCACAGACCUGUAAUCAAGAUGUCGAACACUCUGAGGCCAUACCUUUCCUGCGUCCGCUCAACCUUGACCGCAGCCAUGACGCUGGAGAACUUCGGGUCUCAAGUGGUAGAGCGACACAACAAGCCUGAAGUCGAAGCCAGAUCAUCAAAGGAAGUGCUUCUGACUCCUCUGACAAUAGCUAGGAAUGAGAGCGAAAAGGUUCUCAUCGAACCUAGCGUCAACUCGAUCAGAUUGAGCAUCAAGAUCAAACAGGCUGAUGAGAUCGAGAGGGUGAUCUGCCACAAGCUGGCUAGAUUCCUGAUGCAGAGAGCGGAGAGCUUCGUCAUUCUUAGGAGGAAACCUAUUCCCGGCUAUGACAUCAGCUUUCUCAUCACAAACUUCCACACCGAAGCUUUGCAGAAGCACAAGCUUGUAGACUUUGUCAUACAGUUCAUGGAGGAUGUUGACAAGGAAAUCUCGGAGCUCAAGCUUUCCAUCAACGCCAGGGCUCGUAUCGUGGCCGAGAGCUAUCUUGGAGUGUUCACUUGAUUGUUCGCGCCAUACAUGCGGCGUGGAUGGGAAUGUCAUUACUUUCAGGUCUAUCAUGUUCUGCGCGAGCUGUGACUUAAUUGGAACAGCAUGUUUUGGUUUGCACUGCAGGCAUGGGGAUGUGCAAGCACAAAAUCGGGAGCAAAGGCAAGCCUUCAAGCACGUAGAUCGGCGCGCGACCCUGCCCCUCACGUCGAGCUGCAACUGUGUUCGUUGCGCUUUGAAGAGGGUCAGCCCUGCCCAAGAACCCGUUGCUAGUGCAUCCCGAGCCAGAAUACCUGCUGACACGCCGCAGAGCGACUCCAGUUGUGCGACGACCCCAACGACGCAGCUCAAAGUGGAGCACCAAAGCGGGCCUGGACAGCGCGCCAAAUGCCCUUUUCAGCUGGCCUGAUGGGGCCUCUCCGCGUAGAUGCAGUCUCUGCCAGCACCAGUCG